AUGCAAAGCAGCAAUGCGCUCGGGCUGCUCAAGAAACUGAUUAGCGUUGAGGUCUUUCUCUGGCCACAGUCUACCAAAAAUACCCUUGCACGUUUGCUCCCUACGAACGGCGAUGAGUGCUAUCAUCCAAUACCCGGAAGAUCCAUUGAUCACUUGCCACAAGUGAACACUGGGCAGGGUGUCUCUUACACUCAGCAGCAGGACGAUUAUGGAACAUUAAAAGCGUCUUAUGUCAACGCGCAGUUGGCCAAAAACCUGGCAUCCGAGCAAAUUCCGCGGGAAGUAUCAGUAAACACCCUAGGGGUGGACCGAUGGGAUCCUUUCAAGCUUCAAAGACACCAUCUGAAAAAGGCCAUACUAAGCAGUGACAAGCUUCAUAAUAUCCAGAAACUGAUCAGCAUGUUUAUCCUGAAGUUACCUACAGCGGUUGAGUGGGAAAAAUUCGCCUACGCCAAUGAGCUGAUGUCGGAGAAUAUUCGGGAAUUGCUUCUUGAGGCGUUAUGUUCCGAUGUCGCCACUGUUCCUAGUCCCGUCGAAUCGACACUCGCCGAGUUUGGGCGUGCAGCCGUUUUGGGCGUCCGGCUAACUGUUUCACCGUUAAAAGCAGCAAACCCCAGGUUACACUUCAUGCACAGGUAUCAAACGUGGCACAGUAACAGUGGAAUUGGCUCUACAUUCAGUGCUUUUUCAAUGGAUGAGGUUCGACAGGGUUCCUCGACUGAACGGGCAGCGCUCGAUUCUAUGCCAGAGCCCUAUAUAGACUGGCCAAGGUUUUUUGAGGCUCUUGGAAAUGAACUGGAGCGUUCAGAAUGGGCCGAUUAUUUGAAUGAACAUGGACUAAAACUGUAUGACCAAUACCUGGAGGACGACAUCUUAUCUGAACUUGAAGAAGGUGUUACAUUUAUACGGGGUGCUAUUCAUCUGACACCAGAGGAUGACCCAGACCACCCAAAGUACCUGAAUAACCUUGGAAAUCUGCUUGGCGACAGGUAUAUCAGGACAGGCUCAGUGGCUGAUCUUGAAGAAGCUAUCGACGUUGGACAGAAAGCCAUCAAUGCAAUUCCAAAGGACCAUCCCAACCGGCCAAGGUACUUGAACAACCUGGGAAACCAACUCAAUGACAGAUACCUAAUAACGGGCGUGCUUGCCGAUCUGGACGAAGCUAUUCAAGUCGGAUGGGAAGCUAUUCGUCUAACACCGGAAGAUCAUCCACAUCGACCGGCGCUCUUCAAUAAUCUUGGUAAUCGACUCGGUGACAAGUAUCUCAGAACAAAUACGCUGGAUGAUCUCAAUGAAGCUAUUCAUGUUAAACAGGAAGCCCUCAAAGCGACGCCAGAGGGCCAUCCAGACCGGGCAGGUCGUUUGAAUAACCUUGCAAUCGAACUGAGUGCCCGGUAUCUAAGAACAUUCGACGCGGUUGAUAUAGAGAAUGCCAUCGAAGCUGGACGGGAAGCUGUUAAAAUAACCCGAGCUGGCCAUGCAGACCUGCCAAUGUAUCUUCAUAGUCUCGGCAAUUCUCUCGACUACAGCGGCUCGAAUCUUGAAGAGGCUGUUCGAGUUGGCCGGGAAGCCGUCAAAGUGACGCCAGAGGAUCAUCCAGACAGGCCAAUGGCUUUGAACAGUCUAGGAAAGCGACUUGUCGCCGGUAGAGCAGUCAUACGACUUUGCGCAAUCCGAAAGGAAUGGCAGCGAGCUCUCACGGCGGUGGAGAUUGCCAUUGACCUUGUCCCUAAGCUAACAUUACGAUCACUGGAGAUUUCUGAUAAGCAACAUAUGCUUGGUCAGGUGGUCGGCUUCGCUUCUGACGCAGCAGCAGUGGCACUGAAUGUAGAGAAGGGUCCUGCAGUUGCUCUAGGCUAUCUUGAGCAGGGCCGGGCUCUGCUUGCAACGUCCCUUGAGGAGAUGCGGACUGAUAUCCUAGAUUUACAGGAGCAAUACCCUCUGCUUGCAGAGAAAUUUGUUUCCCUCCGAGACAAGCUAGAGCUACCUAUCGACAACAACAAUUUCCCAGCAGAGGAAGAUAGCCAAUCCUUUGACCAGGCCCACGCGAAUGCACGUCACAAAGCAGCCAGCGACCUUGACAAACUGAUUGAUGAGAUCCACACACGACCCGGGUUCAAUGACUUUCUGCUCCCGCCAAACACAGUGGAGAUGCAAGCUGCUGCAAAAAGGGGUCCUAUCAUUCUGAUCAAUACCAGUGAUUACCGCUGCGACGCGAUCAUUGUAGAGGAGCACCAGAUAAGAUCCCUAAAUCUACCUGGCCUCAACAAUCACGAUAUCAAGAAGAGGGCAGAAAAGGGAGAUCUAGCCAGUCCCAACACCCUUGAGUGGCUCUGGGAUGCGAUUGCAAGCCCAGUCCUUCAAACCUUGGGCUUCUCUCAGUGCCCUCGUGCCGACAGUUGGCCGCACAUAUGGUGGAUCCCUACCGGUCUACUGACCAAAUUCGCUCUACAUGCGGCGGGUCGGUAUACGAAUGAACCCUUUGAAUCAGUGCUAGAUAGCGUCAUGUCAUCCUAUAGUUCAUCUGUGAAAGCGAUCAUACACGGCCGCCGGCAUCCUAGUGUGCGACCUACCUCAGCCCAGGCGCUUCUUGUUGCCAUGGACUACACCCCCGGUAGUCCGCCGCUUCCUUUUGCAACGGAAGAGGUGGCAAUGCUACAUAGCCUGUGCACGUCAAUGGGUUUGACUACGAUAGAACCAGGGCGACGCAAAGCCGAUGUUGAGGCACAUUUACCUCAGUGCAAGAUCUUCCAUUUUGCCGGUCAUGGCUAUACUGACAAUUCAGACCCAUCCAAAAGCUAUUUACUUCUGGAGGAUGCCCAUCCAUUGAGUGUCGCGAAUCUUCUUCAGAUAAACAUCCGGGAACAUUUACCGUUUCUCGCCUACCUCUCGGCAUGCGGGACUGGUCAGAUCAGGGAUGAAAGAUUCCUCGAUGAGAGCAUUCAUCUGAUCAGCGGGUUUCAGCUUGCAGGGUUUCGCCACGUUAUCGGUACUUUGUGGGAGGUCAAUGACGAAAUUUGUGUGGAAAUUGCGAGAAACACAUAUGAAGGGAUUCGAGAUGGAGAUAUGACAGACGACUCUGUGUGUCGAGGGCUGCACAAGGCUAUCAGAGGGCUUAGAGAUCGUUGGUUGAACAAACCAUCGGAAGUCAGCCGUGGGAGAAGUACACGUAUGAAAGCCGACGUGUCCUCGACGGCUGACGAGAUGGGAGUAAAGAGUGCAACCAAUGCCGUUGGGAGUGGGAAUAGAUUGAAAAGAGACGUUGUCCCAUAUGACAACGACGGUGAGGAUGAUCGAGGGUUUGGAGAAGCACUUUGGGUUCCAUAUGUCCAUUUUGGAGUGUGA